AGUAAAUAUUAAUCAAAAAUAUAUUAGUGAUUGACUGAAGAGAUUUCAACAUUCAUUUUAUGAUAUUGUGAGUCAUAUUAAUUACAUAAUUAUUUAUGAAAUGUCGCGUCUUGAUAACAUGGAUGCCUUAGAAAAACAAUUAGCAGAUUUACAAAUGGCUAAGGAAAUAAAUACGCCGGGCAAAAUUAAGAAAAUACCACCAGCUGUGCCACCAAAAAAGAAAGCUCAACCACAAGUGCCCUAUAGUACUGCAGUCGGUAAUCUACGUGAACCGUCAUAUUCUACAAAACUUGAUCUUUCGCUGAAUAAUAACGCUCAUACAUAUAGCAACACAAGUGGGGUUAAUCGCCCAGCCAUUAAGGAAUAUGCAAACGUAAGUCAAUUUGCAACUCUUCCAGGCAAUACUUAUAAGCCUGUUGCUGGAAAACCAAUUUCCUACAACACCACAUAUAGCAAUGUUCCAACUUAUCGACGAACUGAUGAUGAUUUGCCACCGCCACCACCACCACCACCUCCUGCAUUACACUUGUUACAACCAAAACAUUAUAAUGCAAAUCAAAACAACGAAGAAAUAUUACCACCACCAUCUCCAGUUAGUUCUAAUUAUAGCGAACUAGUACGAGCUACCACAAAUUUGAAUUAUAAUCCAGACAGAGCGUAUCCAACAUACCAAAAUGAAUAUCCUGAAUAUGGGGUCUCUCAAGCAUCAACUUAUGAGUCACUCUACGAACCAAUCAAUCCUCAACCACAUUCCAAAAAUAACAUCGCAAGAAACAACUCCAUUCAAAACUUUCGUACUAAUUCUCCAAAUCCAGUCAAACCAUUACCAAAAGAACAAGAAGUGGAUGCCCUAACAGAUCUUUUGGUGAAAUCAAUCACUGAUAGUCAAGACUUAGAUGUUUUUGGAAUUUGCAUCAAGUGUAACGAAAAAGUCGUUGGAGAAGGCUCUGGCUGCACCGCAAUGGGAAAUAUGUAUCAUGUGGAUUGUUUUUGUUGCUAUCGGUGUAACAUAAAAUUACAGGGCAAAACCUUUCACGCAGUUGAAGGAGAGCCAUAUUGUGAAAAUGACUAUUACGAGAUUUUGGAGAAAUGUUCAGUUUGUAAUAAACCGAUUCUAGACCGCAUAUUGCGAGCUACAGGGAAUCCUUAUCAUCCUUCAUGCUUUACGUGCAUUGUAUGCAGAAAAAGCCUCGAUGGCGUACCAUUUACAGUUGAUGCAAUGAAUCAAAUUCAUUGCAUUGAAGAUUUUCAUAAGAAAUUUGCUCCACGCUGUUGUGUUUGCGAACUUCCAAUAAUGCCAGAGGAAGGCGAAGAAGAAACAGUUAGAGUUGUGGCUUUGGAUCGCAGCUUUCAUGUUCAUUGUUAUCGUUGUGAAGAUUGUGGCCUUUUGCUUUCCUCUCAAGCUGUUGGACGUGGAUGCUAUCCACUUGAUGACCACAUCUUAUGUAAAGAAUGCAAUGCUCACCGUGUACGCCUUCUAACCAAUGUAAUGACGACUGAUCUAUGAGGUUUUUUUUAAUAAGAUCAUUAUUUCGAGUUUCAAGCUUUUAAAAAAUAAAUAUUAUACUUUACAUUUAUAAAAUGGAAUAUACCGCUCAUUAUGGAAAACCUUGGGGGAGGCCUUUGUCCAGCAGUGGACGUCAUUUGGCUGAAACGAACGAAUAAAAUGGACUAGGGAUUUUAUUUAAUAAGAGGCCAUUUAAAAUUAAGCCAUAGGAUACCUAAUAGGUAAUCUGUAGUCAAGGAAGGAUAAUAAUCAUGUAUGUUACAAAGUAAAAAUAGCAUAAUUAUAAUAAUUAAACUUAGCUCUGUAGGUAGCUAGGUAGUACUCUCUUACGUCGACUUUAGUGUACCUACCUACAUUCGCCAGCUUUUAUCUACACAAUGGAAAAUGUUUUCGAAUAAUAAUAAUAAUUGAAUGUUAAAAUCAAAAUAAAGAUUUGAGUAUUGAAAAAAAAAUAAUUGUUCCGAUUGAAAGACUGAACUUAAUUUGCAUUUAUAAUUUAUUUGAUUCCACAAAAAGUUAUAACAUUUAUUUUCUAAAAAAAAACAAUAAUGGCAAAUUUUUGCAUUGUUCUGUUUUCAUAUUUUUAAUAAUCAAUUUUACUUUGUUAAUUGAAUAAUUUAUUAAUGAUAAUAAGAAAAAGUUGGUUUUAUUUAUUUUUAUCAUUUAAUUAUAAUAUUAUAGUUACUUAUUAUAAAAUAUCCUUUGUUCGCUCGCGCAGCGGGCGAUCAAAGUUAGUAAAUUAAGUUAUAAAUUCGUAAAAUAUUGUGAUAAAAAUGAGAUGAUUUUUAUAGUUGUUAAGAAGUAACAACGC